AUGAGGAGCCAGGAGCCCCCACCGCAGCAAACGUCCAGAGGAAAAAAAAUUGUCCUCUUUGUGCUGAACUACAUCAUUCUUGGAACGCGAGAGAGGAGUUUGACUUGGGAUGCCGUCUUCAUGCCUCACUCUGAGAGGGAGCAUGCCAAACUCUUCUGGAGGAGUGGAGAAGCAGCUGCCUUCUACACGGUUAAACCGAAAGGAAGCCUCUGUGAUGAACACAGCAGCCAGUGCUACCAGCUCCCUGUAUUGGACACGGUGUUUGUCCGGACAAAGUUUAGAAGACGUGGACUCGGGACAGCAAUGCUGCAGGACUUUUGUGAGACGUUCGCCACUGAGGAUGCCUUGGGAAUCAGCUGCCCGAUUUCUGCUGAGAUGUACCAAGUUUGUCAGCGAUUCUUGGACGCCCAUCCCGAAGAGCAGUCUCGAAUGUGGGAAGUGGAAGCGCCCGGGGACUGGAGCCAGCGUACCAGUAUUUGGCUAACAGUUCAGCUGGCACAAAAUCUUCCAAAAAACAAUGACCCGGCCUGUCGAGCAGAGAGCCAUCGAGACGACGAACCUGGGCAGUUUGGGGACAGCCAGAUGAACAAGGGAGCUGUCCAGGUUACUGAUAUCCGGGUAUUGCAGGGUCAAGCAGGGGAAUGUAAAGAUGACCGCGACGAGCCGCUAGUCUUGCAGCCUGAGACUGAGGGGCCGGUCGGUCAGCGAGGAGGGGAAGCGCGUCGAGGUAAGGAGCUGAAGGAAAGACUAAGAAGGGGAGGACCAACCGAAGACCGAGCUCCUAAGCGGCUUAAAGCAGCGUCCCACGAGACAGGCAGCUGUUCCUGAAGGGGUUCUCCCUGCAGACUCAAGGGCCGAUGCCGCCUGGAUUCUUCUGGAAUACCACCUGCUCCAGUGAGAUGGAGGAAAGCCGGGACGGGCUCUUUGCUUUUGCGGAAGAGAUGCUUCGUCGAAGAAGUGAAUGGGAACCAGGGGAAACCCUCGACAGGCACCACGGCAAUGCCAGCAACUCCACUGAGUUUUUUCCCUCCCCGUCCCCACGGCUGCUUGGACGGUACUCCUAAUUCGAGACAGCCUGCGAGAAAAGUCAUGUUGCUAGUGUUCCCUCUAUGUAAAAAGAAAGUUCCUGCAGAUAAAACACUA